AUGUUCGUUUAUGCGUGGACCGAUAAGUGUCGCAACUUUGGUCAGCGCACCACCAACAGAGUUGAGAGCCAGCACGCAAAUUUAAAAAGACACAUUACGCGCGGGAGUUCAUUGGAGCGAAUAGCAAGAUGCGUCAUUGAUAUAGUUGAAACUCAGUAUGAUGAAAUAGAAAAAAGUUUCACCGAGAGCAUCGAAAAAAUGAUGAACCACCACAGACACCCGCUGUUGGACAACCUACGUGGAAAGGUUUCCUAUGAAGCACUUGAUUUGCUGGCAAAAGAGCUAAUGAGGAAGCUGGAGGUGUUGCGGAAACUUAACGCAUCAUGUGGUUGCCAUAUGUGGCUUAGCUGUGGAUUGCCGUGUGCUUGUAGGCUGGAAAACUACAAACGUACAGGGCGUAUGAUACAACUCGACGACAUAGAUGUAUUCUGGCGUAAGCUUGACUUGCUCCCGUGUAAAUUGGUAGACGAGGAAGUCGAUAUUGUAGCAGAACUCAAUAAUGUGCGGCAACAUUUAGAGGCGCAGUCCCCCAUUCAGCAAAAGAGUAUGCUUUCAAAGAUAAAAGCGGUCUUCACCCCGAAAUCGUCAACCAAGAAACCACCGAUCGUCCAGCAAAAUACUCACGGUCGGCCUACAUCAAAGAAAGUACAAGAAAGGCUAGAUGAAGCUGCGAGGUUAGACGAAGCUGCGAGAUACAGCUCCUAUGGCGAUGACAACAACGUAUAUACCGCUUCCCCCAAACAUAGGUACGAUUUACCCCGACACAGCUCAUACGUACCGUUAGAGGGCUCUCGUGGAACUGGUUCGGUUGUAAAGUCUGAAAAACCUAAAAUACAGCGAAACAGUUCAACGAGUUCUAUAAAGAAGGAGACAUGGGAUGAUCAGGGUUUUCCAUUAAUGAAGGGGGACGAGCACUUGUUAAGCAUUAAGAGGUUUAAGAAUCAAAUUCCAUCAGCGUUUCACUCUUACAUAUCGCGUAUACAAGAUGUGACCCCAGACGGUCAUUGUGGGUACAGGUUUGUGGCUGUCGGGUUAGGUUUUACGUAA